AUGAAUAUCGGAACGUUCUUAAACGAGACCUCAGCAAUUGAAAAAAAUAUUGAGACCAUUCAUGGCAAUAUUAAAAGGAUUCAAAGUUUACAAUCUAAUAUUCUAGUAGCCACAUCGACGAACGAGGUAGAUGCUAUCAGUAAUGAACGUAACAGGCUUAUGAAUGACACCCGACAGAUGCUCAUUGAAAAUAAAGACCGCAUUAAGCAGAUUGAAUAUGAAAAUGCCAGACUUCCUAGGUCUGAUCCUAAUUAUGAUUUAAGAACACAAAGACAUGGAUUUCUCAGGGAGAAAUUAUCCAAUAUUCUUAAUGAAUAUCGUGGAGCUGAAGAUGAAUAUAUAAAACAACAAACCGAACGAACAGUUCGGCAAUAUAAGAUAGUUAAUCCGAGUGCCACUCAACAAGAAAUUGAUGAUUAUAUGUCAAGCCCAUCAGGACAACCGGUAUUUCAACAAGCACUUUUACGUUCUGGUGAAGCCAGAGCCGCGUUGGAUCAAGUAAAAAGACGACACAAUGACAUUAAACGUGUUGAGGAGACCAUCGCUGAGCUUGCCGACCUCUUUAAAGAAUUAUAUCUUCAGGUUGAAGCACAGGAUAAGACUAUCGUUGAUAUUGAGGAUAAUGCAACCGCAACCGCAACGAAAUUAGAAAAAGCGAAUGAAGAUUUGGAUAGAGCGCACGCAAGUGCAGCAGCGGCUCGAAAAAAGAAAUGGAUAUGUCUUGCAAUAACUUUAAUAAUUCUUGCUAUUAUUGCAGCUGUUGUCGUAUAUGAAGUUCUAAAUUUAAGAAAUAAAAACUAA